GGAGUACAUGGGAUCUGCUAGAAGCUGCCCCGAGCUCAUCAUCGAUGGCUAUCGCUGCCGCUCGUCGGCGCCUGUGGCGCGGGAUGCGAACUGCAGCCGCCGCCACCGCGUCAGGCGAGGAGCUGUACGGGUCCCUGCUCUCGCGCCUGGUGGCGGAGCCGGAGUGCCGCGUGAAGGCCACCAUGGAGGAGGCGACCUCCUCGGUCCCGCACCGCGACGGCGCCUUCUGGGAGCCCCUUGCCGCGGCCCUCCUCCGCGCCUCCUACCCAGCCAAGGCGCACCUCGUCUUGGAAUGGAAGCUAGAGAAGCUACUAAAGGAAGGGGUUAAUAGUCAUAAUUGUGAACCCUACUCGACAAUGAUCCAUUUCUGUGGAGAUACAAGGAAUGCAGCUCUUGCAAUGAGAGUCUUUGAGUGCGCAGAGGCACGGGGAAUUCAACUGAACACUGGCAUUUUCAAUGCUCUUAUUAACACUUUCUUGGCUGUCGGAGAUCUCCUUGCUGCAGUGACCUUAUACGAGACCAUGGAAGAAAUGGAGGACUCCAAACCUGACCGUGCUACAUACGAUGCAUUCAUAUGUGCAUUUUCGCGACUCCGAAGUGGCGAUGCUAUGAUGAGCUGGUACUUGGCUGCAAAGAAUGCAGGGUUUAUUCCAGGUAUUCAAGCCUUCGAAUCUUUGAUGGUGGGAUUUGUUCUGUUGAACAAGCUAGAUGAUGCUGAGUUGGUCUUCACAGAUAUGGUUUCAUUUGAAAUGAAGCCAACCUGUACUAUUUUGGAGGCCAAGCUUGAGGUGUUUUCUAGAACAGAAGAGGUUAAUAGGGUCAAAAGUUUCAUAAAACUUGUCAGUGAUGGCAACUGGGAGUUGAAUAAAGCUCUGGUUGACAGACUAACAAGACUAUGCCUGGAUGGAUGUGAAGUUGAUGGGAUGGAACAGCUGCUCGCUCUAAUCCAAACAGAAGCACACUUUAGUUCUGUAACUCAAUUGCAUUGUGAAAUUAUCAGAUUCUAUGCUAGUGCAGAUCUCUUGUCAGAUAUGGAACAUGCAAUAGACCGGAUGUUGAAUGACGGCAUGAUGUUUCUGUGCGCAGAGGAUGUUGAGGCUGUUAUCUGUUCAUAUUUUCGUCACAAGGCCUUUGAUAGGUUGGAGAUGUUUUUAAACCGCAUUCAAAGCUUGUACAUGCUCACCCGCUCUAGCUACGAUAUAUUAGUUGCUGGAUUUCGGAGGUUUGACUUGCAUCAAAGACUUGAGGCAACCAUAAAAGAUAUGAGGGAAGCUGGAUUUGCAUGAGGUUCCAAAGAAGUAUGUACACUGGCUUCCUUUGUUUGGUAUUUGCAGAAGUUAUAAAUAAAGUGCAUCAACACCAGAUCUUGGUGCCA